UGGCUCAACUUCUCCGGGGGACGGAAGGUCUUAAUCCUCCGUUCUGGGGCUGUUUAUGUUUGUGCCAGAGGCAUAACUCAUCCUGCGCCCCUGACCGAAGAUCCCAACGCUGUGCAAGAGGGAAAAACAUCGGUAGAGAAGGCUGAACUGGACCACGGGGGCUCGGCCAUGCCGGCGGUGCUAGGUUUCGAAGGCAGCGCCAACAAGAUUGGCGUGGGAGUAGUGCGGGAUGGCAGGGUGUUGGCGAACCCGCGGCGGACUUACGUCACCCCUCCGGGCACAGGAUUCCUCCCAGGUGAUACAGCCCGGCACCACCGAGCUGUUAUCCUGGACCUGCUGCAGGAGGCACUAACAGAGGCUGGACUGACUUCCCAGGAGAUUGAUUGUGUUGCCUACACCAAAGGUCCUGGCAUGGGUGCCCCACUGGUUUCUGUGGCUGUUGUUGCCCGUACUGUGGCCCAGCUGUGGAAUAAGCCAUUGCUGGGUGUGAACCACUGUAUAGGCCACAUUGAGAUGGGCCGCCUCAUCACUGGAGCCAUCAGCCCAACUGUGCUCUAUGUCAGCGGAGGAAAUACUCAGGUGAUUGCGUACUCAGAACAUCGUUACCGCAUCUUUGGGGAAACCAUCGAUAUUGCAGUGGGUAAUUGUCUGGAUCGCUUUGCUCGAGUGCUGAAGAUUUCCAAUGACCCAAGUCCAGGCUACAACAUUGAACAGAUGGCAAAGCGAGGCAAGAAGCUAGUUGAGCUGCCAUACACUGUAAAGGGGAUGGAUGUCUCAUUCUCAGGGAUCCUGUCUUUCAUUGAGGAUGCAGCCCAGCGGAUGCUAGCCACAGGCGAGUGUACUCCUGAGGAUCUGUGUUUCUCCUUGCAGGAAACUGUGUUUGCAAUGCUGGUAGAAAUCACAGAGCGAGCCAUGGCACAUUGCGGCUCCCAGGAGGCCCUCAUCGUGGGAGGUGUAGGAUGUAAUAUUAGGCUACAGGAGAUGAUGGAAACAAUGUGUCAGGAACGUGGAGCCAGGCUUUUUGCCACCGAUGAGAGAUUCUGUAUUGAUAAUGGAGCCAUGAUAGCCCAGGCUGGCUGGGAGAUGUUCCAGGCUGGACACAGGACCCACCUAAGUGACUCUGGAGUCACACAAAGGUAUCGGACAGACGAAGUAGAAGUGACCUGGAGGGACUAACAAGAUUAACAAGAUCAGAGUAGAUAGUGCCCUAAGUGGAGCCCAAGGGCCUUAAUCUUUAUCCUGAUGUAGGAAUCCUAGGAAGGCUCUGGAUUUCCCUCUCCCUUCAUUCAAACUUUAAAAUGACUCAAUAAUAAAGUAUUUUUUGUUUUGUAUGUUGGUAAUUGGCUUGGGUUGUUCAGGACCAAUAUAGAACUGUAUAAAUUCUUGUUGAUGGGGUGAAUGAUUAAGAAGGCAGGGGUCAGAGCAGAGCCCUGGCUGACUACAGGUAGCCUUGGAGGCUGCUGCUCAAGAGACAAGAUUGAAGGGAAAUCAUAGAUGAUACUCUAGUAAUCCUUUAAUAAUAGUAUUGUCAUACCAUUGAUAGUCUCAGGGCCUGUGUUAAGAGCUUUACAUUCAUUCUGUCAUUUAAGUUUUUUGAAGUAGGUACUCAGGACUUCCUUCAAAAUAGCCUGAAGCCGGGUCUAAUUUUGUACUAAUUUAUAACUCAGGAGUAAAACUGCUCCUCCUCCACUCCACAUACCUCCAUUUGAGUCUUUUGAUAAUCAAAGAACACCACAUCAUU